AUGGCGGAACAACCUCGUACCCCACGUACCCCUCGCGCCUCAGGUUCUUUGGUGUUGGGAGAGUCUUGGGUGAUGACCGACAUAGCCUCUAUCAAGGAGACAGACUCAAAAGAAAACCAGGCACCAGAAACCCCAACCCCGCAGCCGAGAGAGCGGCGUAAAUUUAACCAAACAUCAACUCAGCCAACAGAGUCGCCCAAAUCCAGUUCAUCGUUGUCCAUGUCGGGUCCGGAACUCAUCAUGCCCUCAAUAUACGAAACCCCCAUCUCAGAGGCAUCUUGGGUAGCGCCAAAUCUGCGCCCAAGAGCCCGACUAUCAAAGAAGCAAUUCAAGACCUCUCAUCCAGGGUCGCAGCCAGAUCAGCUGCAGCCUAGCCCUGUGAUCGACCGUACAGACUCGGACUCAUCAGUUCCAAAGCACCAAAUCAAGCAGCAGAGUAUAUUCAUAAAGCUCGAGGUGGUCUGUCGUCAGCAUAGUGCUCUUAUCCGCAAAGCGAUCAACGCACUGCUGAUAGCCCUCAUCCUCCACCUCUUAGUCCUUCCUGAAAUCAUUUACCAAGCCCAAGACCUUUGCCGGCUUCCCACCUUGAAGACCAUGUAUCGAGAUAGCUGCGUGCAAUUUAACCCCAGUCCCUUCCAGUCCUAUCCCUCAAACCCCAACUCCCCCCAACAAACCAUCAUCGCAUCCCAGAAACAUCUUGAGACCGUUUUUGAUAUCUCCCUCCGAAAUUUUACUUCCCUCGCGCUCAACCUCAAGGAAAGUGAAAAGAUGCUGCACGAUCUACAAGACCACCUGGAGUCCAGCUUCCCGAAUGUGCGCAAUGCCCUAGAUCUCGAGUUCCGAGGCAGUGAUAAGGCUGUGCGGACCGCAGCCUGGGAAUUUGACUCCCUCCGUGCGGAUCUGCGCUCUGCAGUUGACAGUCUCGUUGCAUCUCAGCCAUCUCUUGAAACGAGCGGCUCGAUCGCUCGUGAUGCCCGGUCAGCAGCCCAGAUCCAGCGACGUGGAGAGUAUCUAGACCGGCUGCGAUCACAGAUCAGUACCAAAGCUGAUUCUCUCGGUAACCGGCUCAGCACUCUCGAUGACCACCUGGAAGCAGUAGAUAGUAUCAUAGCACGCGAGGAGCGUAGGGCUACUUUGCUGGGUACAUCGCACGAUGGCAGUGGAACUGGCGCUGUAGCUGGAUUGCAGGCUAUUUUGAAUUCUAUAUUUGUUUCACGUCCGUCCUCAUCAGCAGAAGCGACUGGCUCAAAUGACAUGAUGAGUGAUGGCCAAAUCCAGCCCGUGACUACUGUGGUAUUAUUGAAGCUCGCUACAACGCACCACCACCCUAUUGCUGAUUCUGUGCUCCAUCUAUCCCAGCAGCUACGUGAUUUACGUCCUCGUCUGUCUCCUUGGUGA